GCCAGGGUCGCUGUCUUCCACUCCUCUGCUCUCCCUUCCCACUCUCCCAGGUACACGCCCUUUGACUUGUGAGGGGGGAAAACUUUUAAGGACAGGAGGGAGGGUGGGGGGAAGCGAGCCCAAAUCACGGAAGAGAUUCUGCAGUCCUACUAGUUUGGCAAGUCCACAGGGCUCAAAGCAGCGCAGAAAAAAGGCGGAGGAGAGCUCCGAAAGUCACUUUUGGCGCACAUUUUACACAGUUCUCUUCUCCCGCAGACGGUAAAACGACAGGGGAGUCAUGGAGGGUGCCAUCCAGGCCGUGGUGAAAACCUUCCUGAAGUCAUCCAAAGGAAAAGAGAAUAUAGGAAAGAAAGAUUUUCAAAACCUGGUCUCAUCCCAGCUCGGCAACAUCCUUUCGGGUGCAGACAGCAAGGAAGCGGUCAACAAUAUGGCCCAGGGACUAGACUCUGACGCUGACGGAAAGGUUGGCUUUGAGGAAUACAUGAAGCUAAUAGGCUACCUGGCCUGCUCACUUAGUGAGCAGCGUGUCCUCAACAAAGAGGAACCUGCAGAAAAUAAUGCAUCCCAACCAGUGCAAAGCUCCCCUGGUGGCGCAGCAGAGCAACCAAAAGAGAACGCAGAGCCAAAGGAGGAACCAAAACCAAAAGAAAACGACGAAACAAAGGCAGACCCGACUGCUGAGGCAACGGUAGAAGCAAAAGCGGACGCAAACGCCGAGGUAAAGGUAGAACCAAAGGUGGAAGGGGAAACCAAGCCAGAGGCAGCUACGGUGGAAGCAGCAGCGUCGGCAGAGGUAAAAGCUACAGAGAAAGACCCAGAAAAAGCUGAGGAAACACCAAAAGCAGAGGAGCCAACAGAGAAGUCGCCUGCUGCUGCUGAGGAGAACGUAGCGGCGAAGACAGAAGAGGCGUCUUCAUAGGGGACAAUCCACUCCGUCACCAAAAUCACACUACAGAAAUCAACCCUGCAGAGAAAUGUAACAUUAAUUCCAAAAUAAUGUGGAAAGCCACUAUUUUUAUAUACAUUAAAAUACAACAGUUUAAACACAACAGAAACACUAUUCCAUAUAUAUGAUUAUGUACAUGACAGUAGCGUUGUACUACUUCUACCACUAUGUUUAUAUGUACAGGAUGUGCAUCCCACUAUAUAGCACAUUUACCUCAUUAUGAUGGUGUACUAUGACAGCAUGCAGUUGUCCACUUUCAUGUGCAUGCAGUAUCUAUGUGAAAGCUUCCCUAGAAACUAUGAUUUUCCUGCACACUUGACUGAAAUAGCUUAAUUUACCACUACAAUCAACAGGCCUUCCAUCCACCCAUGCAUUCUCUUUCACUUUCUGCCACUUUUCCACUAACAGUAGAGCGAAACGGUUCUUUUGUAAAAGUUUGGCAUUAAUCACUUUGCCAGGCACGUGUGACUUAAAGGAAUAACGGGACAUUUUGGGAACUUGCUAACCAAAAUUUACGUCAAAUUAACUUAUCAAAUGCUUGAUUCUGAUCAAAUUUAACAUUAAAAAUAAUAAUAAUAAUGAUAAUAAAAUUAACAUGCACCGGUAAAUCUUA